GCAUUGACAGUUCCAAGCACUUUGCACAGAGACAUGGCUGUGCGUCUCUUUGAGGGUAAAGAUCAUGCAGCUGCUUAUCUGCAGUACAGAGUGGCACCCCUGGAAUUGAUAAGCAGGAUUAUGAGCUACAUGGAGAAAAAGACAACAAACCGGUUCAACCUUGCAGUGGAUGUGGGCUGUGGUUCGGGCCAAGGGACAGUCCUACUGGCUCCAUACUUCACCAACAUUGUUGGAACAGAUAUCAGCCCCGCUCAGCUGGAGAUGGCUAAGGCCCAGAGCAACCCUCCAAAUGUAUCAUACAGGGAGUGUCCAGCAGAGGAGUUAUCGUUCGCUUCGGGUGAGGUCGAUCUUUUGUCGGCCAUGACGGCUGCUCACUGGUUCAACCACCAGAAGUUUCUCCUGGAAGCUGACAGGGUGCUGAGGCCUGGAGGCUGCCUGGCUCUCCUGAGCUACACUAUGGACUUUGAGCUGGAGUAUGGGGAUAUCUCCGACAAGCUCAAUGACAUCUGUAAAGAGUUUUAUGCUGCCCUAUUACCGUUCCGUGAUCCCCAUAUAGGAACAAACUCUGUGAAGAUCUACUCAGACAUGUUUGAGUCCUGCUCUUACCCGGACAAGGAGUGGGUUGAGUGUCUGAGGGUAAAAAGGACUAUGCCACUGAACAGGUACAUUGGCAUGGUGGAGACCUUCUCCAGCUAUCAGAAGUUGCUGCAAAAGGACCCCACUGAGGCUAAACGUCUUUCUAAUGAUAUCAGGAACAAGUUGUUGUCUGCCAUGAACACAUCUUCUAAUCCAGAAGUGACAGUGGUUGUCAAGUAUUUCUAUUGGCUGGCACGCAAACCUUGAUCACUCUGACUGGCUGAAUCCUGUGCACCAGAUCCCGAAACCACAGCUGUAGGUUACAGAACCUUACAAAGUGAACACUAGAUGGAGCCUUGUCAUACAGUGAUGGAUGAGAUUCUAAUUGAAGUCCACUUUGAGCCUUUUGUACAGCCUUGAAAUUGUACUUUUCUUGAAUGAGCUUCUUAUUUCAUGACAUGGAUCAGAAAUAUCCACUUGUUUUCAGUAUAUCCAUAUCUUUAGAUAUUAAAAAUAUUAAUAUAACUGCAACAGAUUUUGUUGUCUGUUAAUCACAGUUGUUUUCAGUUGCUAAAAUACAUUGGUCAAAACUGAAGCUAUGAAACAUUUUUAUUUAUGGAUCAUUUUUACUGCUUUCACUAAAAGUGCAACAAAUCACUAUUUUUUUUCCAAAAUCCAUGAACAGUAACCUGAAAACUGAAAUAUAUAGAAAAUCUUACAUGUACCAGAAUAUUUCAAAUAAAAUAAAAUUAUAUGGUAAUUAAUUCAAACACAGCUAAUUGCAACAGGUUUUUGUCUCAUUACCAAACAGACUAAAGGGGACAGCUUGGAUUUUAUUAUUUUAUUUUAUUUUAUUUUAUUUUAUUUAACUGUAUUUAUUUUUAUUUAUUUUUGUAAUUAUUAUUGCAGCCUUGGAAUUUCAGAUUUUGUUUCUAUUAUUCAUUUAUUUUAAUUCAUUCAUUCAUUCAUUUUUGCUUAUUUCAACUUUUAAUUUUUCACAAGUAAAUAACUAUAUUAUGCAAAGAUAUAAAAUACCAAAGGAUAUUAAAACAAAUUGCUGGUACCCUGACUGGUACCAGGAUGAAAUCCUCAGAGCGCCCUGGGUUCCUCCUGGUGCAGAACAAUGCCUCAUGUGGCCAGAGUGUGUAGCCACUUCCUGGAUGCCAUUGAUUGGCCCGCUCCUUCCCCUGACCUAAAUCUAAUUGAGCACUGAUGGGACAUUUUAUCUGUGCAUCCGCCAAGUAUCACCACAGACUGUCCAGGAGCUCACUGAUUCCCUGAUCCAGGUCUUGGAGGAAAUCCCCCUGGACACCAUCCUCCAACUCAUCGGGAGCAUGCCCAGAUGAUGACGGGAGUGUAUACAGGCACAUGGGGGCCAUACACACUGCUGAGUCACAUUAUGAGGUGCCGCGAUAACAUUCACAAAAGUUGGAUCAGCCUGUGAUUUACAUUUUUUUACUAAGAAGGCAGUCUGAGUUAAGCCAGUUACCCACUUUUCUUUCAGUGAGAAUUAUUAAUAUGUCAAAUACCAUUUGAUGCAUGACCCUGUGUGUAGGUGGUAAUUUAACCACUUAGACUAGCUGUUGUCCAGUAAGUGGCACACCAGUCAUUUUCAUGCCAUAUGAUAAAGAGAAAAUAAAACCUUUGAUUUAAAGCUAAGAAAAGCAGCUACCCGUACCUGCUCAAAAGCAGUUGUGCUCUGAUUAUUCCUUUUCACAUCAGCUGAAUCAGAUAAGUCAAACACAGGGUGUAAAUGCUAUGAAUACAUUUUUAUUCACAGCUAAGGCUCGGUGAAGUAAAGAGCGAGAGUCAGACACAUACACUGUGAUGUCUGGGAGUUCACUGGCACAGAGCAUAUUAAUUUUUAGCACUCAGGGGUCAAGUGUCUUGCUUAGGGGCGUGUGUGUGUCCAGGAAUCAGUGUCGGAGGUUAAAAAGGACUCUGCCACUGAGCUCACACUUGCACACUUGGCAUGUUAAGACCUCCUCCUACUAUCUGACACUUCUAGAAAAGGAUCCAGCUGACGCUGAAUGUCUUGGUAAUGACAUCAGAAACAGGUGAGACAUUAACCUUCACCUCAACCACGGGUCUAAUUGUUAACUUCUGGCCCUGAGCGCUCACCUCCACUCGCCUGGCGCUGCACGUUGAUCUCCUAAUCUCCACUGAAAUUCAUUUAUCAUUAUCAAAAACUGCUGAAAUUCAUCUUUGAAU